ACGUCGCUCGUUCGCUCCUUGGUACGUUUCGUCGUAUCGUUCGGCCGUCGUGCUCUCGCUUGAUACUCUUUCGCCUGCACGCGCUUACUCACUCGCUUCCUCGGCGAUGGUUCGCGAGUCGGUGCGCUCGCUCGCACCGCGAAGAAUUUGUAAAAAUCAAUAUACUCGUAGUAAAAGGAGCUGUAAAAAAUUCGUAGCCUCCUCGCGCGCGCUUAGCCCGACCACUUGAGAUCCCGAGCGCGUUUCUUUUUCGCCCGGUAGGGGAGUAACGCGUCCGUCAGGUGGGGAAGGAGAGGGAGAGAGAAAGACAAAGAGAAAGGGAUAGACAGAGAGAGAGAGAAAGAGAGCUCCGGACACGGGGGUUGCUGGAUCACCUAGAAGAGGAGAGGAUAAAGCCAAGAGCCAUGGGAAAGAGAACGGAGAGGAUAUCGCGGCGCACCCCGGUGCACUGGUUGCAAGAGACUCACGUCAGGAAGCGGCACAGGGAACAGUGUAGACUAUACUUCCGAGAUCUGCACACAAGAGUUCCUUAUGAGUUUUUCGAGAGGGCUUUAGAUGGUGCCACGAGGAAUUAUUGCCGUCGUGCUACAGACUUAAUUUAUUUUUUUAUCUUUUUAUUUUAUUUUUUCUUUCGUUCACUCUGUUGUUUAUUUAACGAAGUAUAUUGUAUGGUAGAAUUUCGUGACGCAAAUCACAUCGUUUUGGGGAGAGGUGGAAACCAGUGCUCCUGUCCAACUCCCUCUCGUCUUUCUUCCGUGAUGUAUCCGCGUUCUCCGACGACAGCUUCGAUGUCAAAGAUUGGAUUAAUAAAACGUUUAAGUCUGCCGAGGCACAGGAGAAUAAAGAUGCGUUUGUUGCAUCAUUGGUGAUGAAAUUACAACUAUAUGUACAGCAAAUUAAUGGUGCUUUGGAAGAAACUAGUCAAUCUGUUUUAUCUGGUUUACCAAGAGUCCUGAGGGACACCCAAUUGUUGCAGCAAGAAGCAUCGAAACUUAGAGAAAAGAUGGUAGCAGUCAAGGAGGAGAUAGCGAAAGUAGAGAAGGAUACAGGAUCCUCAAUAGCUACACUGGAAAGAAUAGAUAGAAUCAAAACAGACUUGCAAACGGCAAAGCAGGGGUUGCAUGAAGCAGACAAUUGGACUGUAUUAGCUAAUGACGUUGAAGAGGUAUUUGAAUCGGGUGACAUUGAAAAGAUCGCUGUCAAAUUAUUUAGCAUGCAAAAAUCUUUAUCAAUGCUGGCAAACGUAUUGGACUUUGAAGAUAAAAAAUUACAAUUAGAAGGAUUAAAAAACCGGCUCGAGGCAAUGGCUAGUCCUCAUCUGGUUCAGGCAUUCACAGCUGCAAAUUUAGAAAAAUCAAAAGUGUAUGUGAAUAUCUUUGACAAAAUGGAACGUUUGCCACAAUUGUUAAAAUAUUACCACAACUGUUUGAAAGUAUCUCUCGGUCAAGAAUGGAGGCGUACCAUCGAACUUGCACAAGAUGAAACAGUUGCCUAUUGGCUUCAUACUUUUUAUGACAAGUUACUAUCUGCCUGGCACACUCAAGUAACGUGGUGCAACCAGGUGUUUCCAAAUACUUCUAGUAACACAUUGAUUGACGUGUAUGCAGAUCUUCUACGUAGUUUGGAUCCAAGCGUAUCCGUAUGCAUUGAAACAGCUCUGAAGCAGCAUUCGAAUGCAAUGCAAUUAUCACUGCUGCUGGAAUUGAAACAGAUUACAAAACACUUUGCUGUUAAUUUAAAUAACGCUAUCGAGUCGUGUUCUCAGGAAAAAACGUACAAUCACGAAUUAUUACCGUUAGCCCAAGCCAUCUACGCUCCCUACGUUCCAUAUGUUACCAAAUAUAGUAUGUAUGAGUCGGCUCAGCUUGGUCAACAAUUGAACUCUUUGGAUUGCAUCCAUGAUGAUCUCAGCGAAACCAUCAAUGCUCUGGCGCUGAGUAUUUCCAGAGUGAUCGAUUAUGCCAAUGAAGCCAAUAAACGAUGUAAAUUGUUCACGGACGGAUGCGGCUAUCCAGGCUUAUUGAAGGCUUUGAAUGCAUAUUUCACUCAGUAUUUGGAUAAGUACAGAGUCGGUGUCAAACAGUUGGAAAGACGGAAGGCUAAGCAAGAGGAUUGGAAUUUGUUUCAAAUGUGUUUGACUUUGAUGCAAAGCAUAGGAGAACUCUUGGUACAGAUUGAACAGUUUGAGAAAACUUUAGUUAUCGAUACCAUAGAGGCCAACAACAAAUUGCAAAGUAGUAAUGCUAGUGUUUUCACACAUUAUAAAAAGUUAUUACUUAAUUCUCAAGGACGAACUGAACUAGCUAACUUAAUAACAUCUUUACAACAAGAGGACAAAACAAUUUUGGAUUCCAUUGUAAAGGCCAUUCACAAGCUGUGUUCUGAUUUACAUCACACUACCUAUGAAGUGAUUUUUGCACCAAUUUUUGCACAGCUGCUGCUAGUGCAAAAGGCACCAGCAUGGUCUUCGGAUGUGAAUAAAAUGACGAAUUUCGGAACGGAUCAGCCUGACUACAGUUUUGCACCUCAAGAAUAUAUUACUCAAGUUGGACAAUACUUGAUGACCUUGCCACAACAUUUGGAACCUUUUUUACUACGCGACAAUCCAAGUCUAACACAAGCUUUGAGAGCUGCCGAUCCACAGUAUGCUCAAGGAUCUAGCGAAUCUGGAUUCACUGAUAUUUUACUUGGGAUUGUAGCCAAAGGAACGUGCCAAAUGUUUCAAGAUCAAACUUUAGGCAUUUGCGAAUUAAAUUCAUCGUCCUGUAAACAGCUUGCUACUGAUAUUGAUUAUCUGGGAAAUGUUCUUGAGGAAUUAGGACUUUCUCUGUCUGAACAGUUGCAACAAAUGUCGGUGCUACUUAGACUGACUCCUGAAGAAUAUCAAACUGGUAGUGCUGGAUGCAGUGCUCGCGUCGUUGCUGCUGUCAGACAAAUGAGAAAUAUUACGUCUUCUGGAUAAUAUGAUGUAUAUCCUUUCAUUCUACUUAUGUACCAGUUUUGAUCCUGGUAAUGUGAUAAGGCAUUUUUAUUGUACCAAAUAUUGCAAAUAAACUAAUGCUAUAAGCAUUUACGAAGCUGGCAAA